AUGCUUCGACCUCGUACGAAUCCUAAUCAGCCGCAAUCGCAAAAUCAAUCACAAUCACAAUCUCUGAAUUCAUCUGAUAGGACACGAGACAUUGAACCUGACACACCAAUGUCACAUUAUCCAUCUAGAAUACCGAAUUCCGAUAAGAUAUUAUCAUCAGAUGAAACGGAUCCAAGAUCUGAAGAAUAUUUCAACGAAGCACCUGCCGGGAAUGUAGUACCUGAUGGAGUCAACGUUAGUGCAUCGGGAAGUGAAAUGGGUACUGCUCAAAGAAGGUUAUCGUCAGGAUCAGGAAGGAAUUCAAAUGAGAAGAAAUCGAAUGGAUCAACAGGUGCAGGCACAAAUGGUAAUAAUACAGGUGGUGGCUUACUAAAUAGAAGAAGUAAAGGUGGUUUAACAUUGAACUUGAGUGCUCUUGUAGGUAAAAGAGGUAAAGGGAGUAGAUUAGGUUUAUCUCAAAAAGGCUGGAUGGCGAUCACUGGUUUAGUAGGAUUGUUACUUCUUCUGAAAUUAUUAUUCUCUGGAUCAUCCGAAUCCACUCAUCAUCAUGUUGUUGAUCAGACACAUUUGAUUCCUCGAGAUUAUCUUAACAGUUCCAUCGCCGAUCCAGCUCCAUUCGAAUUCUGCCCCGUCUUCGGUCCAGGCGACGCUAUCGCAGCUAGAAGAGGACAAAUGGAAUUACUCAAAUCUAGAUUACACACCGGUACCAAUGCAAGGGUUCAGAGAGUUCUUCAGAAAGCAAUGAGUGGCAGUAGUAUCACUCUGAGUGUUCUAGGUGGAUCAGUAUCCGCUUGUACAGGCGCUGGUGAUGAUCCAGUCCAUGAGAAGUGUUAUCCACACAAAUUCUUCGAUUGGUGGAAUACAGUCUUCCCUCAUCCUGCAAACGAGCUUACCAACGGAGCUACCAAGAAGACCGACUCAGCGUAUUACGCUUAUUGCAAUUCUCACCAUCUACCUGACAAGACUGAUAUGGUCAUACUGGAAUUCGACGCGGCCGAUCCCAAUGAUCCAGAAUGGCUUCAACACUUUGAGCUUCUCGUUCGAUCAAUUCUUGUUCGACCUGAAAUGCCCGCUGUCAUCAUCCUUGGACAUUUCAGUCCCCAAGUUCAAGCUCAGAAUGGAUUUGCUGGACCUGAGCUACUUCACAAUGUAGUUGCACAAUUCUAUGAUGUUCCUCAUAUCAGUGCAAAAGGGGUAUUAUACGAACAAUACCUUCAGACCCCUGAUCAAGCACGGCAGGCAUUUUACGCUGAUCCCAAUCAUGCCAAUCAAAAUGGACACGAUCUCAUUGCCGAUGUCUUGAUCUCGUAUAUCAUGUCACAAAUUUGUUCAGGAUGGUCAGCUGUCAAUGGACACGCGUUUGAUGUUCCUAAUCUUGGAACUGAAGGAGAUAAUUCGGCAAGUGGACCAUCUUUAUUAGGUGGUGUAGGAUUGAGGAAAGGAAUGCCAGGACAAGAUCCAGGAGAUGGUGAUUCCGCUGGAUCAAGCUUAGCUGAAAGAUAUCAAGGGUUAAGAGUGCCUCAAAUGAGAUUGAAUGAUCGACCCCACGAUGUUCAGCAAUUCAGAGAAAUCGAACCUUUCUGUGUAGCAGCUAGUGAUUUAAUCAACCCGUUACCACCAAGUUUGUUCUACGGAAGUGGUUGGCACACCUAUCACCCACCGAAAGGCGCUGUCUACGAAGACAGACAUUAUUGGUACGCUGAACAACCCACUGCUAGACUGAGAGUACCGCUCAAACUUGGAGCUGGUGAUGUUGGAAUUUACUUCUUACAAUCGCCACCCGAUAAACCUCUUGGAACUGUAAAAUGUUGGGUAGACGACAACGUUGCCGGUGGAAAGGAACUGGCUGGUACCGCUGAAGUCGAUGAUGUCAUUGCUACUCUCGUUAUGAUCGAUAGAGGUGUUUCCAAGGGAUCGCAUUUCGUUGAAUGUCAACUUCUAGGAGAAGCAGGAGGUACCUCACCACCAUUCAAGAUUCUAGGAAUGUGA